GGACAGGGUAGAUUGGGUAAGAUGUACAGCACGAUGCCUCGUCAGUCAUUUCAUCUCUUGUUUGUGAAAUGUGGAGCUGACAGUUCACCCUGUUUUACCUCGAGUUAAGAGACUUUAAGCAGACUUUGAAUCUCAGUCCUGCUGUAGAGGCACAGUACAUUUCUAGGGUUUAAAGCCGGAACUGCCCCUUUACAGUUUCCAGCAAGCCAGAACGGCGAGAUGGAGGUAGACCAGUUGGUGCCUUUGCCAAGGUUGCCCCGGGUCGCUGUGUGCGGCGGUACCCAUGGCAACGAGCUGUCUGGGGUGUACUUGGUGAGAGAGCUGCUGAAGGCGGAGAAGAAAGUGAUGGAGAAGGAAGAGUCUCCGUCGUUGCUGAUGGUGCUGUCGAACCCUCGGGCCAUGCAGCAGUGCCGCAGAUACAUCGACACCGACCUCAACCGCUGCUUCACCAAAGCCAACCUCAAUGGUCCCCUAUCAGACGCCGCCCCCUAUGAGAUAAUCAGAUCCCGAGAACUGAACGCCAAGCUGGGUCCCAAAGGAAGUCCCGAGGCGGUGGAUCUUGUUUGCGACCUCCACAACACCACCGCCAACAUGGGCCUGUGCUUCAUCGCGUACUCUGACGCUGACUGGAUCUGCCUGCAUAUAUUCAGACACCUGCAGAGGCAGAUGCCAGAUAUUCCACUGAGGUACAUCCAUUUUGACUUCUCCUGUGAAGAAUCAUAUUCCCUUGAUUCAGUGGGAAAACAUGGCUUUGCCAUGGAGAUCGGCCCCCAGCCCCACGGUGUGGUGAGGUCAAACAUCUACACGGCAAUGAAAGUUGGCGUGCAGCACAUGCUCGAUUGGGUCCGUUCCUUCAACUCAGGUACUAUUUUUGAAGGAGGAUUUGUGGAUGUGUUCACCAUGAUUAAACACAUCGACUACCCAAGGGACAGGGAAACUCGUAACAUCACAGCAGCCAUUCAUCCUCAACUCCAGGACCGAGACUUCUGCCUGCUCCACCCUGAAGACCCGCUGUUCCAGACUUUUUCAGGUGAAACUGUGAGGUAUAAAGGCAAAGAACCUCUUUAUCCUUUCUUCAUCAAUGAAUGUGCUUAUUACGAGAAGGGCAUCGCUCUCACCCUGGCGAGAAAAACGCGCGUGAUGAUACCUGCAAUCCGGGUGCAGACAGAGCAGGAGCAACAAGCGCACCAACAGGAAUUUGCAUCAGAGGAAGAGGAGUGAGGAUG